AUGUCUGUAACUCAUCCAGAUAUCGACUACUCCAACAAAGCUGUGCUUGCACCCAUGGUUCGUAUUGGCACACUGCCUAUGCGCUUGGUUGCACUUGAUUACGGGGCAGAUCUGGUGUGGUCUGAAGAACUCGUCGACAAGCGUAUUAUUGGAUCUGUGCGCUCCUACAAUCCUGCAACUGGCACCAUCAACUACACCAAAGGCAAAUCAUUGACAUUCAGUACGCAUGCAGCAGAAAAGGGAAAGGUGAUUCUUCAAUUGGGUACAGCAGACGCAGAUCUCGCCCUGAAGGCAGCAUUGACAUUAAAGGAGGACGUUGCUGCAGUGGAUCUGAACUGUGGUUGUCCUAAAAAGUUUUCGGUUCAGGGCGGUAUGGGCGCCGCUCUCUUAUCUAAUCCUGACAAGCUCCGAGAAAUCCUCACCAAGUUGGUACAGCACUCUGGCAUGCCUGUUACUUGCAAGAUCAGACUGUUGGAUACCAAGGAAAAGACGUUGGAUCUCGUCAGAAUGAUUGCCUCGACAGGAGUCAAAGCGCUGACAGUCCACUGUCGUACAAAGGAGCAAAGAUCAACAGAGAAGCCAAACUGGGAAGCACUCAAGGAUAUCGUGCAGGUUGUCAAAUCCAUCACUGACAUCCCCGUGAUUGUGAAUGGUGAUGUGUUUCAAUGGUCAGAUGUAGAGAAGGCAAAGCAAAUCACCAACGCCGACUCUGUCAUGAUUGCUCGAGGCGCUCAGUGGAACCCCUCAGCAUUCAGAAAGGAGGGAUUGUUGCCAUUCGAGACUGUUGUGCGCACCUACAUUAAAAAGGCAAUUGAUGUGGACAACUUGUUUCAAAAUACCAAGUAUGUUCUGUUGAGCAUGAACACGGAAAAUACGUCUCAUACUCGAUCUGAAUUAUACACCCAUGUGCAACGAUCAAAGUCCAUGUUGAGAAUCUGUGAGCUGUUUGACUUGGUGGACUAUUACAAUGACACUGUAGCAAAGCACAAGUCAAUCUUGGACAAAGCCGAAGAGACGACUGAAGAUGGCAAAAGAGAGAGAGAGGAGGCUGAAACAGCAGUGCCUGUUGAACCUGUGGAAAAGAAGCAAAAGACGGAUUAA